AUGAUCACCUACUUGUCGCCUCAUCAUCAAUAUCGAACAUUCUCAAACAAGGAAAACACUCCUUCAGCUUCGCCUACACCAUCCGUCUUCGAACUCACCGAUAUCGAUGCUAUCUCCACAUCCCUUCAGACUUCUUUAUCUGGGGUCACACCCUCAUCAAAGUCCAAGAAACCAUUAGGUCUGGGUAUAGGUCGAGCACCGAAAUUCACUUAUCGUAAACAUGCCUCUAAACCAUACGGUAGAGAACGAAUUUCCUCAAUCCAAAGAGCUAAAUCGAAAAUCAACAGAUUACCUUCUUCUUCUAGUACAGGUAUCAAUUCAAAAUCGAAGAAAGGGUUGAAAGCUCGCCCGACUCCACUGAAGUUGAAAUCUCAGGAACAAGAGAGGGUGAAAAGAGAGGAAGAGGAAAGUAAGAAGUUGAGUGUGAUGGAUAGAGUAAGAUUAGAAAGAUGGAGAAAAUCAAUUUGGAAACCUGAGAAUAAAGUUCAAGGUCAAGUCAGAGUACCACUCAUGCUUCCUUAUCCCAAGUACCCCCCUGUACCUAGUAUCGAUACCGAUGAAUUGAGAGAUAUCCCGAUCGGAUAUAUACUUGAUCGACUGACUCCCAUUCUCCCAUCUAUAUCGACUAUCACUCUCGCCUAUCGACCUUAUGCCACUAUCCCACAUCCUGAUCCAUCGGUUCAAUCGACGUCAACACUGCCACUGGCUAUUCCAGAGGUACUAGGAGGCAGUAAGCCACAUUGGGCAGAUAAGGCUAAAGGGAGAGAGCCGGAUAUGGUAUUGGGAAUAAUGAAGAAAGGAGCGGAAAGUGAAAAAGGCAAAAUGAUUGUGCCAGUGAUGUCUUUGGUAUUCGCCACACAAUGUGCCUACUGGCCGAAACUUACCACUCCACCUACUACUUCCUCUUCCUCAUCACGCACAAUAAACUACCGAACGCGUUCCGAAGCUGCCGUAUCAACCGCUUUACCAGCUAUCGUCGAAUCUAGUGAAACGUCCGACGAAGAAGAAGAUGGAUCGUCAAAUACAUCUUGGUCAUCCGAAUCGGAUGAAGAUGAUACACCAUCCGUACCAUCGCCAGUGGUCGAUACGAAAGGAUUCUUACAUCUACCUAUCGUACCUUUACCGCUGCCUUCCCCAGAGACUUUCGGACUAAUCCAUCGACACUUACAUCAUCCUCAUCGGCCCUUCAUACCUGAUCUCCUCUCUUUGCCGGACAACUGCACCACCCGAGAAAAGGUCGUCGAAGAACUAGGUGACGUGCCGGUCCAGCAGUUGAUGACCAAGUUGGAGGUUUUACAGGGCGUGUGGCAGAACCUAUGUUGUCUCGGUAUAGGUAGAUUGAACACGUGGAGACAGUUGGGAGAAGCUUGGGCGUGUGUGGUGGGAAUUAUAGCGGGUAAUGGAAUGUUAUUGAGGGACAUACAGGAGGAGAAUGGGAAAGAUGGUAGACAGAAAUCUGCUGCGGAGGAAGUCGCUUGGGAGUGGGUUAGGAAAGAAAGGCCCAAAAUCAACAAUCAGUAA